AUGGUACGUCGUACGCAGGUUGCGGAGGAGCAUCGCUCUAGCGCGAUGGAUUUGAUGCAGAACGACCCCGUGUUGAUAGAGCGAGUACGGGCCAUGCUGGAUGCUGGCGCGGCAGAGCGGGCAGUAGCUAAGGUGGCUGCGAUCGACGCGGCCAACNUCCGCGCGUCGUUGCAAGCGCUGAAGCAGCACUGCAACAGCUCGAUAGGGUGGACCACUUACCAGACAGCGCUCGCUGUAGCAGCCGGAGCGGGAGAGCACACGUGUACUGACACGGACGUGUGCCACCCCGGCCAGCGGUGCAAGUCCGUUGAGUCUGGUGGGGUGAGCCUUGCCGAGCGAGCCAACACUCUCGGCAUUCGGCACGAGGCUUUCAGCAACGCACGGCGGCGGAUGCACAACACGAACCACGACAUCGCCCCCAAGAUCGCUGCGAGUGAGGGAUGCUACGUGUACAACGAGCGCAAGACACGGAGUGACGUGACGAAUCCCGGGACCAGAGGAGGAGUAGGGGGAGGUGCAGGAUACCUAUAUCUUGCGUGGGCUACUAGUGUAGGGGUGCAGACAGACGAUUUUGUGGUGGGAGCGGCCGGAGACAAGGUGUUGACGGCUAGGAAGUGGGUGGUAGACGAGUCCAGGGCAAGGAAAUGGGCCGCCCCCAAGAAGUUCACCAGAUCUUGGAAGUUGCGGGUUCGGGGCGCAUCGUGCUACUGCUCGACUUGCCGAAUAGGCUGCUACGGUGACUGCAUGGUAGCGAAGGUGUACCCCGACUUGGUUGGCGAGGUGAUGGAGAAGUCGGGAAAAGAGAUGGUUGGGAGACGCACGCCUGGGACUCAAUUGACCGGCGUUAUUCUUCCGGUCAUAUCUUCGGACGAGUCCCCAGUGGCGCCUACGCUUGACGAGAGCAUGGGGGAGGUGGGUGGGGGAGGGGAGAAGGAAGAUGAGGGAGAGGAGGAGGACGAUGAGGGGGAGGAGGAGGAGGAGGAGGAGGGGGAGGAGGAGGGGGAGCGGGAGGAAGCGCAAUACGUAAGCUCAAGAGGUCGCGUAAGUAUCGCGAAGAAGAGGUUCCCGGAGGUGGGCUAG